AGUUUUCCCGCGCUUUGAGGGCUGAGGGGGAACGGUGCAGUGUGACUGGUCAGAGUGGAGGUUAUGGACGGGGCGGACUCAAUGCCGUGAAGUGUUUUUAAAAUUCAGCUGUUUGCUUUCAGUCAAGGUGACAUUUAAUUAUUCAGUAUAUUUUCACGUAGUUUGAAGCCGAGCCGUGACAAACACCCGGUGUUUCUCAGGAUGCCUCCCAAAAAGCGCAGUAGCGGGCCCGGGACUCCUCCGAGCCGGGAGGCGAAGUGCGGCAGCAGGAAGGAGAGCUCGGGGCUUUCUCCGGAGAAGCACAAAGAGAAGGAUCCAGAGUUUGUAAACCUUUGUAAGGACCUCUCAGUCUCCAACUCGCUGUGUACACAGGCAUGGACACUGUGGGAGUCGAUGACCACGACUGUAGACGAAGUCAUUGAAUCAAACCAACAACUCUGGGGCGCAUGCGUGUACAUUUCAGCCGUGGACUCGGACGAAGUCAGGUUCACCUUUACAGAAUUUCAGAAGGCUGUUGGUUUGAGUAUGAAGCAGUUUCUCACUCUGGUGCGAAAGCUGGAUGAAAACGUGGACACAAUAAGCCCUAAAGUAAACUCCUCGGUCACAAGGCUUUCAAAAAAAUAUGAGGUGUCGCUGGCUCUCUAUCAGAGAUUCGUGAAAACAUGUGCAAAAAUCUACAGUGUGCCUGAUGAAGUUAAGAGACGAGAACUUUUGCGCUGUAGCUGGAUCCUAUUCCUCUUGGCUAAAGGAAGUGUUCUGCAGAUGGAGGAUGACCUGGUGAUAGCCUUCCAGUUACUUUUGUGCGUCCUCGAGUUCUACAUCAAGCGCUGCCCAUCCUCUCUCCUCCAGCCCCUUUACAAAUCCGCAAUCGGUGAGGCGACGCACAGUCCUCCGACUCGGACCUCGAGGCGGAACAAGGCCAAGCCUCGUCCUUCCGAGAUGGACGUGCAGUUGCUGGAGACACUGUGUAAGGAGAGCAACUGCAGCGUAGAUGAGGUGAAAAAUGUCUACCAAAGCAGUUUUUGUGCCUUCCUGGACUCCAUGGGCUUCUCAGGAUCUCAGGAGCUUCCAGCAGUGGAAACUCUAUCCAAAAGUUAUGAAGAACUCUACCGUAAAAGCAUGGACUUUGACGCACGACUGUUCUUGGUCGAUGACGAGACCCUCUGCCCAGUCAAAGCAAAAGUAACAAAAGUAGAAAUGACUCCUAGAAAGAAUCUGGCUGGAGAGGAGACUGUCUCCAUUCCACCACAGACCCCAAUCAGAGCUGCAUUAUAUUCUAUCCAGCAGCUCAGGGGUGAGCUUACCUCUAUCAGUGACCAACCUUCAGGCAUUCUCAUGGUUUAUUUCAAGGACUGCACUGUGGACCCAUCAGAAGACAUAACAAACCGGGUUGACCACCUCGGUCAGAUCUUCAGCCAGAAAUUUGCUCAAGCUGUUGGACAGUGCUGUGAAAGAUUGGGCAAAAAUAGAUUUACUCUAGGUGUCCAACUUUACUACAAAGUCAUGGAGUCCAUGCUGAAGUCUGAAGAGAAGAGACUCUCAGUGCAAAAUUUCAGCAAUCUCCUGAACAAUGCUACUUUCCACACCUCGCUCCUGGCCUGCGCACUGGAGGUUGUCCUAGCGACUUAUGUUGGAUGUUCUCUGAAGAACGGUGCCAGCAAACCUCCUGAAACUAACCUGUGCUUCCCCUGGAUCUUGGAUGUCUUCCAGCUGCAUGCUUUUGACUUUUACAAAGUGAUAGAAAGUUUCAUCAAGGCAGAGCCCACUCUGAAGCAUGACAUGAUCGAACACUUGGGCCGAUGUGAGCAGCAGAUCAUGGAGAACAUUGCAUGGAAAUCGGAUUCUCUCCUGUUUGAGCUGCUAAGGCAGUCUCGGGAGGAUGGUCCCGGAGAGCAAGCGGAGCCUCCUGCAACACUGAACCAGCCCUUACAGCACGAUCAUACAGCAGCUGAUCUAUAUCUAUCUCCUCAGCGUCCGAAUCGUCGGGUCACAGCAACAGAGGUGGACGUUCCAGCCGUGGCCCCGUCGCAGCCCCCUGCUUCAGGCACCAGACAGCACCGCUCCAACUCCCUCAGUCUCUUCUAUAAAAAAUUGUACAGAAUGGCCUAUCUGAGACUGAAAAUGCUUUUCUCUCAACUUCUGACCUCUCAUCCUGAACUGGAGGCCAUCAUAUGGACUCUCCUCCAGCACACACUCCAGAACGAGUAUGAACUAAUGAAGGACAGACACCUUGACCAGCUGAUGAUGUCUGCCAUGUAUGCCAUAUGCAAGGUGAAAAAUGUGGAUUUACGCUUCAAGACGAUCGUCACUGCGUACAAAGAGCUUCCCAACACAAACCAGGAGACUUUCAAGCGUGUGUUGAUCAGAGAUGGACAAUACGAUUCCAUCAUAGUCUUCUACAACCAGGUGUUUAUGCAAAAGUUGAAGACGAACAUCCUGCAGUACGCCUCUACUCGGCCUCCUCCUCUGUCUCCUAUUCCACAUAUUCCCCGCAGCCCAUACAUGUAUCCCAGCUCCCCUCUCAGAGUGCCUGGUGGGAACGUCUACAUUUCCCCUUUAAAGAGCAAUCGUUUGGCCCCAUCUGCCAUGACGCCCCGGUCCAAGAUCCUUGUAUCCAUAGGAGAAUCAUUUGGGACCUCAGACAAGUUCCAGAAGAUCAAUCAGAUGGUCAGUAGCACAGAAAGGGCCCUGAAGAGGAGUCUAACCGGAGACUCCAUCCCCAAACCCCUGAAGCGUUUACGUUUUGAUGUGGAUGGACAGGAUGAGGCUGAUGGGAGUAAAACAACUGGCGAGUCUACACUGGACAAGAAGCUGGCUGAGAUGCGUUCAGUUCGCAAUCGCAUGCAGGAACAGAAAAUGAAGGAGGAGGCUGAGAAGGAAGACCCAGAGCCCUGAAGGGAACAAGCCUCAUCAUCAAGCUCUCAUCACUGAUGUACGCUCACAUUUUUUACUGUUCAUUAGCAGUUUUACUAAUUCCCCCUUUUAUAUAUCUAAAUAAACAUUUGAGUAAGUGAAAAUUAUUCAGCAAUAAUAUCACGGAGGAUUUGGAGACAUGGCAUCAGGGGAAACAUUUCUAAUCUUAAGUAGUGAUGUACUGGAAUGAAGAGUCUGUGCAGAAACUCCAAAUUCAGGACACGUUGUUUUAAUAAUUAGCUUCUUGCAGUGUUGCAAAAAAAUUUACUGUUUUUUUUUUUUUUGCUUCAUUUUUAUGCUUGUAAAGCAUUCCUUCAUGUUUACUGAACUACAUAAUUCUACUGAUAAGUCAGUGCUUUCAGUAUGAUGGCACUCCAAAUACAGAGCUGCAUUUUAUCGAAAUUUUUUACAAAAUAAUUUUGUAUAAAAAUUGGUCAUUGUUGCUUUUUUGUAUUGUUCUAAAGCAUAUCAUGAGUCUCUGAUUCCUAAAAGUUUAGUUUUUUGUUUUAAUUUGAUUUCACCUUGACGUGUGUUUGAUUGCAGCUGACUGAAUUUCACACUGAAUUUCACACAAGAAGUCAGUCAUCAAUUUCAUUAGAUUUUGUUUGAGGAGAAAUUUAAUCUGCAACUUUACACUUCUGCAAGACUGAAAUCAUUUACAGCCUGGCCUACACGUUGUAAAUAACCACAGUCAUGUGCUCACUGAGCGCACAAUCACGAGAACGAGGCAGAAACACUGUCUGUCACUCAUGAUGAAGCGGGUGUCGCGAAAUGAAAAGUGUUGGCCAAAAACCGAAAUUCAGGAUAAACGGUUUUUAAUUAGCUUUUGCUUCUUUUGCGAAGGAUUUUAAUUUAUUUUGGAUUUUGUCUGUUUUGAAAAGCAUUAAUCGAUACUUAAGUGAAAUGUCACUGAAAUAUCAGUCCUUUGAUUAAGAUGUUACUCCACAAAAAGAGCUGACAAAUACUACAAACAAACAACUCUUCUGUUUAGGGAGCCUUGAUGGCACUAAUGGAUAAAAAAAAAAAGUUUUUUCCUCAAAUGUUAUUUGUGUGGUAGGGUUAUUGGAGAGUGUGUGCAUUUACAUCCUUUGUAUUUUUCUUUUUAAUAUAUUGCAUUUUUAUUUGCUCCCUGAACAGAACUUGGAAUUAAUUUGCUCUUUGACGCUAGCUGUUAAUGUUUUUGACUUUUUUUUUUUUUUUUUUUUUUUGUAUCAAGUACUUUUUGUCAAAAGAUUUGUUAAUAACUGACUUGAGAUUGUUUUAUUAAAAUGUAUGACUCUUACUCAAGCGUCUUUUUUAGGAAAAUAAAAAGUACAAGGGAAGCACUGUCUGUCAUCAUGCUGUGUCCAAUCGAGCAAAAUCGUACCUCCACCCAAAACAGGAAUCUGGUGAAAAUAGAGAAGCAGAAGUACUUGUACAGUGACUAUCUUGUUUAAAUGGAUUAAAUCAUUUUUCUGUUUUAAAAGAAACUUCCUUUGUACCUCUGAAUAAAAUCGAUUUAUGGAUUAUUACAUACGAUCUCCUUGUCCAGCGCCAGGUUCCUGUGCUCUCUGUGCCGUGGCCAGGAUUCGAGGCUAACCUGGACACUGGAGCGUUAACUCUCUUUGCCGGUCGCUAGAGUGUCGUGUCCAGAAGGGCAUCCGGCGUAAAACCUGUGCCAAAUCAGCGGACCAGAUGAUCCGCUGUGGCGACCCCGAACAGGGAGCAUCCAAAAGAACAUCGUCAUAAUCUCAUUAUUAAAUUAGUUUCAUGAUUUGAAAACUGUCUGAAGCUGACGAGCUCGUUGUGAUCGUCUGUGUAUUUUGCCUGGUUUGGCGAAUGUUUGGGAAAUCAUGUCUAUGAAACUUAAAGGUUCAAUCCCACUCAUGUCACCUUUUAAAGAAUGAAAGUGAUGGUCAGACAUGACUACUUUUAUUAACGUAGGAGUGUAAUGGAUGCGGCUUGUGCAUGUUUGCGGUCUCAUUCCUGCAUCUAUCUUUACUAAAUGCUUUAUCCUGGUCAGUGGUUUGCAUCACGUUGAGUUAUUUAAAAAAAGAAUAAAAAUCAUUUUUCCCCUUUCGUGAAAU